AUGGAGGACGGAAAGAAACAGAAAAAGGACAAGAAGAAGAAGGACAAGAAUUUAGAACGUGAGAGUGCGAAGGGACGAGAACAACAGAAAGAGAUAGACACAAAGAUAAGUAACAAUGGAGAAGUAGCUGCUAUGGUGAAAAAUGAAGUUGAAUUAAGUAAGGGUGGUGAGGGAGGAACAGAGAAGGGAAAGAAGCAAAAAAAGGAGAAGAAGAAGAAGGAGGAGAAGAAGAAUCUAGACGGUGAGAAUGCAGAGGAACAAAAACAACAGAAUGAUAUAGAGAAAAAGAUGAGCAACAAUGUGAAGGUUGAAAAUGGAGGGCUGGUUGUUCCACAGGAUAUAGAAAUUAGGUCCAAAAAGAGACAUGAAGCAGGGAGUGAGAACAAAUUACAUGCUGAAGAGAUAAAGACAGAGCAACGGAAGAAGAAGAGGAAGAAUGAAGAUGUGGAAGAUAGAUCCGAGGAACAGUCUAAGAAGAAAAUGAAAAGGAAACAUGAGGGUCAAGCUUAA